AGGGAGCGGCAGGCGGGCCCGCCGGGGCGAGGCGGAGGGCGAAGGCAGGAAGAGGAGAGAGGUGAUCGCCGUUGGGGCAGAGCGGGAGAGACCAUGUCCGGGCGGCCCAGGACCACCUCCUUCGCGGAGAGCUGCAAGCCGGUGCAGCAGCCCUCGGCCUUCGGCAGCAUGAAAGUCAGCCGAGACAAAGAUGGCAGCAAGGUGACUACAGUAGUGGCAACUCCUGGACAAGGUCCAGACCGACCACAAGAAGUCAGCUACACAGACACCAAGGUGAUUGGAAAUGGAUCUUUUGGUGUUGUGUAUCAAGCCAAACUCUGUGAUUCAGGAGAGCUUGUGGCCAUUAAGAAAGUCCUGCAGGAUAAAAGAUUUAAGAACAGAGAGCUCCAGAUUAUGAGAAAGUUGGAUCAUUGUAACAUUGUCCGAUUGCGUUAUUUCUUCUACUCUAGUGGAGAGAAGAAAGACGAGGUGUACCUCAACUUGGUGCUGGACUAUGUUCCUGAAACAGUAUACAGAGUUGCCAGACAUUAUAGUCGGGCCAAACAGACACUCCCUAUGAUUUAUGUCAAGUUGUACAUGUAUCAGCUGUUCCGGAGUUUAGCCUAUAUCCAUUCCUUUGGGAUCUGCCACCGGGAUAUAAAACCACAGAACCUCUUGCUGGACCCUGAUACAGCUGUUCUAAAACUCUGUGACUUUGGAAGUGCAAAACAGCUGGUUCGUGGAGAACCCAAUGUGUCGUACAUCUGCUCUCGGUACUACAGGGCACCAGAGUUGAUCUUUGGAGCCACCGAUUAUACCUCCAGUAUAGAUGUGUGGUCAGCAGGCUGUGUAUUGGCUGAACUGUUACUAGGACAACCGAUCUUUCCAGGUGACAGUGGUGUGGAUCAGUUGGUGGAAAUAAUCAAGGUUCUGGGAACGCCAACAAGGGAGCAAAUUAGAGAAAUGAAUCCAAACUAUACUGAAUUCAAAUUUCCUCAGAUUAAGGCACAUCCAUGGACUAAGGACUCGUCAGGAACAGGACAUUUCACCUCAGGAGUACGGGUCUUCCGGCCCCGCACUCCCCCCGAAGCAAUUGCGCUAUGUAGCCGCCUGCUGGAGUACACCCCCACGGCCCGCCUGACUCCCCUGGAGGCCUGUGCGCACUCUUUCUUCGAUGAACUACGGGACCCAAACGUCAAGUUACCAAAUGGGCGAGAUAAACCUGCACUCUUCAAUUUCACCACUCAAGAACUGUCAAGUAACCCAUCUCUGGCUUCGAUCCUCAUCCCUGCUCAUGCCCGGAACCAAGCAGCUGCUUCAACCCCUACAAAUGCUACAGCAGCCUCAGAUGUUAACGCAGGAGAACGAGUUCAGACCAAUAGUGUAGCUACAGCAUCAGCCUCCAACUCCACCUGAACCAGUACCAAGCAGCCAGCUGCACAGGAAAAAUCACCAGUAAUUUGAGUCUUGCUCAGCAACACUGGUCACAUUUGGAAAGAAAAUUAGAAAGAGGAAAAAAAAAUCCAACAAAACAACAAACCAACCAA